GUCCGUACUUGUGAAAACGUUAUCAGCCAAAGUCCAGGUUCUGUUCCAAUUCUCAAGUCCGUGAACGGCAUGGAUGGUGAACAGCGAGUACGGUUCUCAAACCCGUCCCGGACGUGUUCUCGCUCCGCCCAUUUUACAAGAUUGAGAGGUGAGGCUCUGCCUCCCCUGAAGGCACGUCACUGGAACUGUUACUUAACUCUUACUUAAGUCGAGAGCCCCUCCCUUAACUCGGUGGCAUCCUCUUAUAUAUCCUCUAUUUUACCUUAAACCUCACCGUGAGCUGCUCUGUUCACGCCUGUAACCUACAAUCAUCACAGCAAGAAUGGGAAAAGUGCCUCUGGAGAAAAGCAAUCCCAAAGAAAAGAAAACCGAGUUCAGCUUAGUGCGGGUCAAAAACACCUGGCAUCGCAGAAUGGGAAAGCAGGACAAUACGGACACAGUCGACUGUGUCUCUGAUGCAAAACUCUAUGAGAGCACCACAGAGACAGGCACCACUUGGACAGUGGUCAGUCCCAUUGUCUUCACCUACAAGAUCAUAGAGACUCACAACUUGCUGGAUGCACACAAUGACACACUCCUGCUGGGUCACAUGACUGAGCAGCAGCAGGUGGAGCACAUUAGAGAGUUGAGCAAGCCACUCAAACGCUUUAUAGUCGUUGACCAGGAAGUCUACAGAAUCUACGGUUCUAAGCUGAUUGCGUACUUAGAGGCCAACAAUGUCAUAUACAAGAUUCUGGCUCUGCCCACCACUGAGGAGAACAAAUCCAUUGAAAUGGCCUUGAAGAUCAUUGAAGAGGUCAAUAACUUCUCCCUUGACCGGCGCAGAGAGCCCAUCAUUGCCAUGGGUGGAGGCGUGUGCCUGGACAUCGUGGGCCUGGCUGCCUCACUCUACAGGAGACGUACUCCUUACAUCAGGGUCCCAACCACUCUGCUCUCUUACAUUGAUGUCAGCGUGGGAGCAAAAACGGGGGUUAACUUUGCAAACUGCAAGAACAAGCUGGGCGCCUACAUCCCACCUGCUGCUGCCUUCCUCGACCUGUCCUUCAUACGAACCAUUCCUCGGCGACACAUCUCCAACGGGCUGGCAGAAAUGUUAAAGAUGGCUUUGAUGAAGCACAAAUGCCUCUUUGAGGUUCUGGAGAAACACGGCCCUAUGCUGUUGGACACUAAAUUGCAGCCUGAUAACUCCAGCUGUGUCACGGCUACAUCGCCCGCCACUCAUGUAGCCAUCGUGACAAUGCUCGAGGAGCUCGCCCCAAACCUUUGGGAGGAUGAUCUAAAUCGACUUGUGGACUUCGGCCACCUUGUCAGUCCGGCGUUAGAGAUGACAGUUCUGCCAUCUCUGCUGCAUGGUGAGGCGGUGAACAUUGAUAUGUCUUACAUGGUUUACGUGUCUCAAGAGAGUGGCCUAUUGACAGAAGAGGAGAAACAAAGGAUCAUCAGCUGCAUGCUGGGUCUGGAACUCCCUGUGUGGCACGAAUCGUGUACCAUGGAGCUGAUAGAGAAGUCUUUGCAAGACAGAGUGAAACACUCUGGCGGUCUGAUCAGAAUGCCACUACCUGUUGGUCUUGGGCAAGCAGAGAUUUUUAAUAACACACCUUAUGAGAUCCUGCACAGAGCUUAUGAAAAAUGGCACUAUGAGCUGAGCUCAAGUGUGAAGGUGGAUCUGCCCACACCACCCAACGCUGCAUCACUUCCUUCAAUUGGGAAAUAAAGCUAGUUGGAAGAGAUUUUCUUUAAGUAAGUUUGAUUAUCAUUUGCUGUAUGUAUAACAAAAGCUGCAGAUUGGUAAGUGCUCUCUUGUUAUGACGGUGAGAUAUGUCAGUAUGCUUUAUGAAACAAUUGUAUUAUCAUUCAAAAUUACAAUUUUUAAAAAAAAUAUGUCAUCUUUUUUGUAACUUUAAAACCAAUACCAAAAAUACAUUGUCACCAGUAACAUUGUUGGAAUCACUUAAACUUAAUAAUUUUGCUACAUCACAUUGUAGCCAGUAUACUUUAUGUAAGCCACAUUUUGUGAACAUGUAUUUUAUAUGUAACAUCUAUUCAAUGUAAAAUCUAACUUGAGUUUUGUUUCUUUGUUGUGGUUUUUUUUAAACAGCUGUUGGUGGGUGGGUUUUAUGCCCAUAUUUUUUCCAUUUUGUGUCUAAAAUAUUUGGCUUAAUGGUGUGCACGAGCCAUAAAAAGCUGAAAUAGUGGUUUACAUUUUUACUCCUUUCUCCUCCUACACAACUGCCUUUGGUUUGCUAGCUAUAUCUGAGAUGUCUUUGUCCUGAAAAUGUGUUCCUGGAUGCAAACAUACACCAGCUGACUGUAUCAGUUGGGAUGUCAUAAUGUAGAGUCGCUUGUUGGUGUGUGUGGUUACAUUAAAAAUGUACAACUCAUUAAGUGUUGAGCGAAGAACACAAUUCUGUUAAUAUUUGAAAUUCAUUUUAAUGGAAACAAGCUAUUGAUAUAAACCUAGAGUUUUGUUUUUUUGUCUUUUCCUUUUUAUCCCUGCAUUUCUCUUCUUUCAGUCAGAUGUAAUUCCUGAUUUUUUUUCAUUGGUCUGUAAAAUCAUCUGUGUUUUAUUACUUACAGCUGCCCCUUUAUUAUUUUUCAGCCCAACAUGUGCUUUUCAUAGCACAUUUUGCCAGGUUAUGUUUCUGUUUCCUGCCAUUUUCCCAGCCACCCUCUUUCAAGUUCCCCAAAUGUUUUGACCAUCAUUAUAAAUGUUUUGACUUGGUGUUUUGUUUACUUCCCCUGUGUAACUUUUAUUUCUUUAUUUUAUGCUAUUUCUUUCCCAUUUUGCCUGAAAAGACAGGUGGUCCUUGACACUGUCAUAUAAUUCUGCUUUAUUUCACAAUCUAAACAUCAAAUUUAGCGGAGCUGUGUUUUACAAGAUAAUCAUAAAAUCAUAUACAAAUCAGGUGACGGCUUGGGGAAAGGCUGUCGUGAGCACUUACUAGCAUAUCAACUGUAAUUUUGUUUAUUUUGUUUUUACAUUAACCAUAAACAAAGUAUAAUGUCA